AAAUUCUUAACUUUGUUCUACAGAAUUAACGAAUCCCGAAGACAAAUAUUUGACCUCUCUAUCAAUGUGCUAAAAUAGUAUUCUCUUCCAUUUGCUCUUGAUAUUUAUCAAAGUGUGACAAUUCAUAAUGGCAGGGAGUCGAAGAGAGAGUGUUGGGUCUAUACUAACCAGACUGCAGGGAUUGCUGAGGGCUGGGGCGAUGAAAGCUGAAGACAGACCUAUUUGGUACGACAUUGUCAAGGCAAAACCUCCGAAGCCGGUACCUCCACACAGAGAAGUACAGAAAAUUCUGUACCCUGAGGACUUUGUCAGAGCGCGUUUCUACAAGACGUAUGCUGAUCCUGGAGCAACAGUUUUGUCCAAUGAAAAUUCCAAAUCAAUACCACAAAAGUUUGUGGACAGGUACCUGGAGCUGCACGGCAAGGGCGAGACAGAGCCCAGUCGGCUGUUUGAGGAGACGACGCAGUCGUUGGCCGCGGAGGGCGUGAGACUCAUCACUCACGAGGAGAGAGCCGCGGCAAGGGGCAAGUCACAAGUCACAAACAAAAGUCAAGCGAGUGCAGUCACGCCGGAGACGACAGAACCAGGAACCAGCGAAAAGGUCAAGGUCAAGUCACCGUCUCAAAAAGUGGAUAUCAAAGGACUUUUUGACGAGAAGUCGUGAUAGUAGUAGUUUCUGUUGAAAAGUUGAUGUGUAUGCGUGUAGACUGAAUGAAGGAAUUAAACACAGAUAUGAAUUUUACAAAAA